AAUGAUUGAUAUCAAAGUCUGCACUAGUUCAAAUGUUUCGUUAACCCACACAAGUUUUACUGCUGCGAUUUCUUCUGAGACGUGACCAUGGGAGCAUUCACGAAGAUCGUAUUGGUCGUUCUCGCUAUUUCUUCUAUGACUUUUGUCGCAUUCUUUGGCAGGCUUCCGGCUCUGAGACAUACACCAAUAGCCUGGCUACAUCGCGCAAUAUGGGUGUACACCCCCAACGCGGUUCUAGCCUUGGACCAGCGACUUACCUCUGGUCGCCUUUCUACGGCACUAGGUAGAUUUGGUCGCUAUGUCAUGUACGAUCGGCACCCAACGGUGCUCAUCUUUUUCAUUCUACUACUCUCUGUGGGCGAAUACAUGUACCUACCAGGGGUAUGGCCGCGCCUGAGCCUCACCCACAAGACUCUAGGCAGCAUAUCUAUCAUCCUGCCGUAUCUAUUCCUAUAUCUCGCCGCGGCUGGUGAUCCUGGCGUCAUCACCCCGGCUACGCACUCGCGUUACAUGUCGCACUACCCAUACGACUUCUCACUCUUCCACCCGGGCUCGCCAUGCCGAACCUGCGGCCUCCUGAAGCCGCCGCGCUCCAAGCACUGCUCCGUAUGCAAGCGCUGCGUGCACAAGAUGGACCACCACUGCGUCUUCAUCAACAACUGCGUCGGCUACGGCAACCAGCACUACUUCAUCCUGCUGCUCCUCUCCACCGCGACCCUAACCCUGUACGGCGGGCUCCUCGGCCUCGUCGCCGUCGCCGACUCCGCGCGCAACCACAACAAGAACUUCUCGCUGUUCCCUAAACCGCACACCUGGUCCUGGAGCCAGUACUUCGUCGCGCUGACCAUGGGCAUCCAAGACGACGUCGGCGUCGGCUCCGUGACCCUCCUAGCACUGAUGACCUCCCCCUUAGUCUGGGGCCUGCUCGCGUACCACCUGUACCUGAUCUACUGCGGCACGACGACGAACGAGAGCAUGAAGUGGCAGGACUGGCAGAUGGAGAUGGACGACGGCUGCGCCUUCAAGCGCGCGCUGCCGGGCGACCGCGCCAAGGACCCGCACCACGAGGCCCCCUGGACGCGCUGGCCCCUCGAGCCCAUGCAGGUGCUGAUCCGCACGGAAGACGGCGCCCCGCCCGACGCGCGCGACGCCCCGGGCGUCGGCGAGUGGGAGCGCGUCUGGCGCCUGCGCGACAUCGAGAACCUGUACGACCUCGGCUUCUGGGACAACCUGGUCGACGUUUUCGUGCCGAACUACACCUUCCAGCGCGCCGAGGUUUCGGGCUCGGCGGCCGAUCUGGAGAGGGGCAAGAGGAGGGCUAAGAAGCCGCCCAAGGCGCCGAGGGCGUCGAGUUUGGUUGCUGCUGCUACGUAGUAUACGAAUGUAAUGGUAAAAACGUUGGAGUAAUGGGAUUUUACUGGGAGUGAAUGGAGAUGUGUUUUCGUACUUCUCGUGACUAGGUGAUUUGAUAUGCGUAUAACUACCUAACUGAAAUACGCGAGACGAAUCGGACAUAUAGACCCCUACCCACCCAAUCGUCCAG